GGACUCCGCUGGACGCAUCCAAUUGUGCCGCCCCGAGCGGUGCUCCUUGCUCACAAUGGAUCGCGAAUGUUGCUGUCCAUUUAGCCAUUUGGCAACAGAAUCGCUGCCGGGGCUCUGUCUAGAAUCCGAGUGUUAUUUCACCUGAGCUGCUGAGUGCAAUGGCUGGAGCGGACGAAAAUCAAGCUAAAUGGAAAUCAACUGCAUUAUUGGUGGUGGACAUGCAGAAUGACUUCCUCAGCCCGGAAUGCUGUUUGUUUGUGGCUGGAGGACCAAGAGUUAUUCCUGCUGUGCAGAAAGCUGUCGACAUCGCUCGAGAAAAAGGAGCUUUUGUUGUCUGGGUUGUCCGAGAACAUCAUGAAACUGGAAGAGACGUUGAGUAUUUCCGAAAGCACUUAUACGAUGGCACUUCUGGACCAACCAUGAGAGGCGCAGUGGGUGCUGCUCUGGUAGAUGGGUUGGUCCCAAUUCCUGGAGAGCACAAAAUCGUGAAGUCCAGAUUCAGCGCCUUUUUUGCUACAAAUCUGGACCUUGUGCUUCGAAGGGAGGGUAUCCAGCACGUUGUUGUUGCAGGUGUUCAGACCCCAAAUUGCAUACGAGCAACCGCUUUCGAUGCUGUUGCAUACGAUUAUCCAUUUGUGACAGUUCUUUCUGAUGCAACGGGGGCUCAGUCUGAUGCCAUUCAUUCUGCGAAUCUGCUGGAUAUGCGGAAGGUGUCAAUUGCAACACCAACCGUGGCAGAAUGGGCGGCAUCGUAAGACAUUACGUACCUCGUGUUGCGGACAUUGUUACAGAUGUCAUUACAAUCUGGCUGUUGCAGUGGAUAAUAAGGCUUGUUACAAGGCGACUGCAGAGGUUGCUGGACCUUUAGAAGUGUGGAAUUUAGCAUCUGAAGUGACAGGCUAGUUCCUUGUUUCUGUUGGUAUAUGUUUCUCUGCAAUUCUCGGUCCAUGAACUAUGUGAUUAAUGGAUUAAUAAAGUUUUUAAAGUACAUUGUUACGGCAUUCUA